CAACUUUUCCCCCAAAUCGACCCAUUCCACCCCCUCCUCUCUCCCUUUUCUCUUGGUCCUAAUCCCUUCCCUUCUUCAUCUCCUCUUUCCCCCUCCCUCACACAGACAAAAUGAAGAUCACUGAAAAGCUUCAAAAAGCAGAGCGGGAGGGACGGACAUUUUGGAGUUUUGAAUUUUUCCCUCCCCGUACGGCUCAGGGUUUACAGAAUCUUUUCGAUCGUAUAGAGCGCAUGCGGAAUCUUGGGCCAGAGUUUAUAGAUAUCACUUGGGGUGCCGGCGGGAAAAAUGCUGAUCUGACAUCAAACCUGGUGCAGACAUGUCAGGAGCAACUCGGACUGGAAUGUUGCAUGCACUUGUGCUGUACAGAAAUGCCGAAAGAGAAGGUGGAAUGGGCUCUAGCGCAAGCAAAAGCCCAUGGGUGCCAGAAUAUCCUGGCUCUUCGAGGCGAUCCAGUAGCAGGAUCAUCGACCUGGAAACCUACCCCUGGUGGGUUUCACAAUGCCGUCGACCUCGUUCGGUAUAUACACUCCCAAUACCCCGGUGAUUUCUGCGUUGCCGUUGCUGGAUUUCCUCAAGGUCAUCCAGAGACUGCAGACACACCGGAAAGUAGACAUCAGGAGAUGGUGUGGUUGAAACAGAAAGUUGAUGCGGGGGGAGAUUUCAUUUUCACUCAAAUGUUUUACGAUACGGACAUUUUCUUUGAUUGGGUUAAACGAGUGCGCGCCGCUGGGAUCGACGUGCCUAUCAUUCCAGGUAUCAUGCCGAUACAGAAUUGGGAGAAAUUUCAAACUUGGGUCAAGAGGGAGAAAAUAGUCGUACCUCCUCAUUUCUACGACCAGCUGCUACCUAUUCAGGGGGAUGAUGAGAAGGUACGGCAAGUGGGAACAAAACUCGUUGCCGACAUGUGCCGGACGAUAUUGGCCAACGAAGAGGCAGGAAUCAAGGGAUUACAUAUAUACACAUUGAACCUGGAGAAAGGAGCGAAGAUGCUUUUGACGGAGUUGGGAUUGGAAGGUGGCAGAGAGCAGAUCGCCCCAUUGCCCUGGCGACCAUCUUUGACUCCUCAUCGACGUACGGAGUCUAUACGGCCGAUAUUCUGGGCCAACCGAGUACAAUCAUAUCUUUCACGAACAGACGACUGGGAUGAGUUCCCCAAUGGACGAUGGGGAGAUUCGCGUUCUCCGGCAUAUGGUGAUCUGGAUGGAUACCCGGUGGCGAUAGGAAUAUCUUCAACUGAAGCUUAUUCACUCUGGGGCCAUCCGACAACAUUCGAUGAUAUCUGCCGGCUUUUCACCCGAUUCUGUCGUGGAGAAUUGGCAAAGCUUCCUUGGUCUUCCCAGCCUCCUUCAUCCGAGAUGACGACCAUCGCGGACCGGUUAGCCAAGAUGAACGAACUGGGCUAUCUCACAAUCAACUCCCAGCCGGGCGUCGAUGGGGUCAGAAGUGAGGACAAAGUGCAUGGCUGGGGCCCUGCCGGUGGUUAUGUGUAUCAAAAAGCUUACCUCGAAUUUUUCGUCUCACCGGCUCUCCUCUCACCUUUGAUCCGACGGAUCGAACGUGACCCUCGCAUAACCUAUUAUGCCGUCAACAAGCAAGGCGAUUUACGGACUAACACCCAUUCUGAAGGUCCGAACGCCGUCACAUGGGGUGUCUUUCCCGGCAAGGAGAUCGUCCAACCUACCAUCGUCGAAGCUGUCUCUUUCAUCGCUUGGAAGGAUGAAGCAUUUGAGCUCGGCUGUCAGUGGGCGGCACUGUUCCCCGAGGACUCUCCCUCAAGACGACUCAUCAAUGACAUUAUGAACACGUCGUAUCUCGUCAACAUCGUGGCGAACGAUUUCAAGGAUGGAGCAAGUAUUUUCGAACCGUUUUUGUUGGAUCAGCCGAAUGGUUCACUGAAUGGGGUUAAACAAACGGCGUCAACGAUUGUCGAUAGGGUUAGCGGGUUGUUUGAUGGUCAUUGAUCACGUUCCGACCUUCCUGUGAAAUGCUACAAUGUAGUUGGUUCUAUCUUUGUAAAUCCCCGAGAGCUCAUCAUCGUUCCCUCAAUCAUCAACAUUUUCUUUGAUUGUCUUCCAUCUUCUCCAGGGCACCAACAUUUCUUCUGCCCAUCUCAGUCCUCAACGGGCUUAUACAGCUCCAUCGGCUACGGUACCCUUGCACACAUACCCACAGCAUAUUCUUGGGGUUGUCGACCUGAUCUACGGACUCUGGGCGUCCAUGCCAACUAGAAACCGUCUCAACACAUAGGUUGAAUGCAUUGCAUUGAUUUCUUC